GAGCGUCGGAGCGCCGGCGCCGAACGGCCGCGAGAGGUGCCGGGAGACACGGGCUAGUCGCCGCGAUGCUGCUUUUCUGCCCGGGCUGCGGGAACGGGCUGAUCGUGGAGGAGGGGCAGCGCUGCCACCGCUUCGCUUGCAACACCUGCCCCUACGUGCACAACGUCACCCGCAAGGUAACAAAUCGGAAGUAUCCAAAGCUGAAAGAAGUGGAUGAUGUGCUUGGUGGAGCAGCUGCCUGGGAGAAUGUUGACUCUACUGCAGAGCCGUGUCCCAAAUGCGAACACCCUCGUGCCUAUUUCAUGCAGCUUCAGACCCGCUCUGCAGACGAGCCCAUGACCACCUUCUACAAGUGCUGCAAUGCUCAGUGUGGACAUCGCUGGCGGGACUAGGGCCAGGCUGGCUCAGCUGUGUCAGCGUCUGCUUACCGUAUACCCCAGGGUGGAUUCCCAGCUGCGAGUGUGGCUGGCCAGGGGCUAAGGAAAUGUAGCCCAUCUCCCAGUCAGUGGAUUAACUCAUUAAUGUCCAGGAGACUGUGUGUGUGGAGAGGAGUAUCCAUAACUAAGUGCAUCCUGUUUAAGGUCCUGUUCUGCAUCUUUUACAUUUAUUGGGCAGUUGACAUUCUCUCACCAUCAGCCGACACUCUUAAACAUUUACAUUAUUUGCACAACUAAUAAAGUAAAACUUAGUAGUUUAGUAUAUU